CGUGUCUUCUGCAAGCUUCCAGUUGAGCUCGUGUGAAAUUGGAGCUGCGACCCACUGAAAUCGUCUGCGCCUUCAGGAAAAAUGUUCCCACGGCGCGUCACACCGCUUCCGACAGUGCUCCCGACACUGCUCCCGCUGGUAACUCUUGCCGCGCUGAGCCUGUCUGCUCCACUUGCACUUCCUGGCCAUUCCAAUUCGUUGUACAACGGGAAUAAAGACAAAAGUGCAGCGCUGCUUGCUCCCCUUGAUGGAAAAGCGACAAGACAAGCGGUGACGUCACUGCCAGCUGCCGCUGAGUCCGGCGACACAUCUACUUCUCCAGAUGGCGACGACUCCCAAGGACAAGCCCAAGCACAACCAAACAAUGAGGAUCUUUACCGAAUGGACCAUGAAGGUGCAUCUGAUGCUCCGGAUUCAGAGUCAUCAGAGUCUGUGGAUAUACAAGAGUCAUCAGAGUCUCCGGAUAUACAAGAGUCCGCAGAGUCCACAGAGACAUCAGAGUUCGUGGAUAUACAAGAGUCUGCAGAGUCAUCAGAGUCAGCAGAUCUACAAGAGUCCAGAGAGUCAUCAGAGUCUGUGACUAUACAAAAGUCCACAGAGUCAUCAAAGUCUGUGGCUCUGCAAGAGUCCGCAGAAUCACACAAGUCUGCAGAAUCAGCAGAGUCUGUGGCAUCACUAGAAUCUGCUGUAUCAUCAGAGUCAGCUGAAUCAGCUAAGUCUGCAGAGUCAGCUGAGUCAGCAGAAUCAUUUGAGUCUGCGGAGUCGCCAGAGUCUGCUGAUUCAGCAGAGCCCAAGGAAUCAUCAGAAUUAACAGAGUCCCAAGAGUUGACGGAAUUGCUCUACUCUGUGAAAUUCUCCCAAUUGGAAAUGGAGUCAAGUUCAGAGGCGGGCAAGGACAGUGAAAAGAAGACGAGCAGUGAUUCUGAGCCAGGGGAUACUAUUGACGACGGCGGCAAUGGGCUUGACCCGAUGGCUGCAUUCGACUUGGAGGACGGAGACGCGAUGGAGGAGGAGGAGAUCAGAGAGGAAGAUGAAACCUCUUCCAAGGAUGACAAGGGAUCUGAUGCAAAUCUUGGCACGGCGGACGCUGAGCUUGGCGUGGACGACAUCAAGGCGGGGCAUAAUGAUCAACACCCCAAAGAGAGCUCCCAAAUCUUUGACUCCACUGAGGCAACUCUUGUCGAGAAGUCGGACGUGACACCCUCCCACCUCAGGGAGUGACUUUGAGCACCGACUAAGAGGAAGAAAGCAUAAGCGUGGGACUGCCUGGCAUACCUUGACCGUGAUGACUUCCCAUAUGGAUGGCUUGUGUCUUUGAGGCCUUUUCAAGUGUCCCGAAUGAACAUGUACAUACGCGUCUAUCGUGUCGCGAUCGUAGUCAAUAUUGGCCAAUAAAGUUGGA